AUGUCUCCAACACCAUCAAAACCAGAGAUUCUCCUAAACAACAGGUUUCUAAGCUACCUCAUAUGGCAAUCAAUACCCUCCACUCUCAUCUUCCUCUUCUCCUUUUUCAUUCUCCCCAAAACCCCUUUUUGGUCUUUUCUCCCUUUCCUCACUUUCCAAUUCCUCUUCUCCGUUUCCCUCUCCUUCGUCUCUUCACCUUCCUCCCACCCCAUUUUUCUCAACUUAAAGCUCUCACUCACUUUCCUUCUCUUUAUCACCGCCUCAGCUUUAUCCGGUUCCGUUGCGGCGCUUUCGUUCUCCGGAUUUAACGCCUUUGGAAGACUUGGGUUAAGGGGUUUCCUCGCUGGUUUAAUCUUUGGGGUUCAUUAUGUUUUUAAACGCCGUUGGGUUUUGGAGUUUCCCAUUAUUCAGCGUCCUCCUUUCUUCAACUUCAAGAUGGGGAUUCCUUUGGCUGCUAAACGUGCUUUUAAGCUUUCCACUGUUGCUUUCAUUUUUUCUGCUCUUUUGUUAGAGAUUAUUCCACAUCCUUUUAAGUGCAGCAUUGCAACGCAGGCAUUCUUCGCCGAACAGAUUGUGUUCUUUAUUGGUAGUUUUGCUAUCUUUUUCUGUUGGGAAUUGACUCAUAAUUUACAUCGGGUUUUACAUACUAAAAGAUCCGUAUUUGCGCCCCCUAAAGGAUCAGCAGCUGCAGAAACAAAUCCAAGCGAGCACCUCCUUUCAGCAUUGGAGGAGAGUAAUCCAAAAUCUCUUCUUCGAUAUCUUGCUUACCUUGAUCUCUGUAUGGUUUGCGAGAACAAUGUUGACACUUGGCGUCGUGCGGCAUUUUUUGAAGAAUCCGGUGAGACUUACAAAAGAGUAAUUGCUGUGUGCUUGAGGCCUCUGGAGCAACUUACCUCGAGAUUAGGCGAGAGCAUGGGUAAUUCUACUGACAAACCUACCCAACUAUCAGAUCAGUUAUCCUCUCCAACAGAUGUGAAGCACGUUGAAGAACUGUAUAACCUCCAGCUAUAUGCUUGGUGCUCAAGGAUUGUUGCCUCACUGACUUCCGCCUCACGCAAAGAGGAUAAGUUUGGAGCUGCUCAGCUUUCUGGGAGUAACGCUGCUGUGGUUUCGACGCUGAUAUCAUGUCUUCUUGCUGCUGAGAAUUUCAUGGGAAAGAAAACAAACCUGCAAUCUCCGAAUCAAUUGUUGGGAUCUUCGGGUAUCAAAUGGGCGACAGCUAAUAGUGGAAGAUUAGAUAUUGCAGCUGCUUCUAGUAAAAGGAAAAAUGGGCCAGCAAAUUCAAAAGCUUAUGCUAUUGCUGAUGUUCUCAAGACAUCAAUCUACCAAAUAGUAUCUUCAUUUCAUGAUGAAAUGUUGGCUGGCACUAAAGCAAGUCUUCUGGAGAAGGACUGGAUCACAAGCGAGAAACCACUUUUCGGUACUCGAGAGAUGCUAAUACAGAAAUUACGUCUUUUCCUCGAUUUCCGGGCCACCUAA